AUGGCUGGCUCUCGCUUUGCAUACGUCAGAAACUUUGAGCUUCCUGAUCCUCUAUUGCCUGGGACGUACAUGGUCUUCCGACUAGACGGACAUUCCUUUCAUCGGUUCUCCGAUGAACAUAAAUUCACGAAGCCGAAUGACGACCGCGCUCUGAAGCUCAUGGACCAUGCUGCUCGAGCCGUUAUGGACGCAUAUCCAGACAUUGUACUUGGAUUCGGAGAGUCUGACGAAUACAGCUUCCUCCUCCGUAAAUCGACCCAGCUGUACAAUCGCCGGCAUGCCAAAAUAGUCACCACACUCACGUCCUACUUCACCUCCUCCUACGUCUUCCACUGGAGAGACUACUUCCCAGAUCUGCAGUUGAGGUAUCCGCCGAGCUUUGAUGGCAGGAUCGUGCUUUAUCCUUCGGAGAGGGAGGUGAAGGACUAUUUUGCGUGGAGGCAGGUCGAUACACAUAUCAAUAAUCUGUAUAACACGGCUUUCUGGGCACUCGUGCAGCAAGGAGAAAUGUCGACGAAGGAGGCUCACGCCACACUCAGUAAAACUGUAUCGAGCGAAAAACACGAGAUCAUGCACUCGAGAUUCGGGAUCAACUAUAACGAAGUAAAUAUGAGGUUCAGAAAAGGAAGCGUGCUCGUCAGGGAGGAGGUCACUGAACCGGUCAUUGAAGACCCUGUCCCGUCAUUGCCGACGGAUACACCUGAAGUGACCGAAGCGAUGGAAGCUCCUGCAAACGUUGGUGCUACUUCUGGUACUGAAGUUGAGACGCCACAAAACUCCAACUCCAAUCCCUCGCCACCGAAAGAGAAGAAGAAGUCAAAAGCGAAAGCCGCAAAGGAGAAGGAGAAAAAGACGGAGGUUGUGCUGCGGCAUUGUGAUGUCAUCAAGGACGAGUUUUGGGAGGAGAGGCGGUAUUUGUUGGAGGGAUGAUCGAUGAGAGACUGAGUACCUGAGGUUGGGUGGUCCGAACUAUGAAGUCUGCAAUUAUGUACUAGGCUUGGGCUUCGGUGUGGUCGAUAUUGAUAGAAUUAUUCUGGAGUAUUUCCCUCCUUGAGAUCAACAAAUCUGACGCCGCUAGAAUGUGGGAUAUAAUCAUUCUUCAUUCCUUUUUCCCUCUGGGGACAGUCUCGAAGUACGGUGCGCGCACUCAUGUAGUCAUUACUCGUCAAAGACCUCUCCGGAGGUCGACGAGGGUCUCAGACGCCAUCGUGUCAGCCACAAAAUCGCGUCAACAUCACAGAUAUCAAUAGUCCAGCUCUUCUACCUCACGUCCGUCCGCAUGCUCCACUCGAAUACCAAAAGCUCUCAAACGACGCAACGCCCCAACAAAUCUACGGCGAGGGACCCCUCUCACCCUCGCAAACAAAUCCUCCGGCGAAUCUUCAAACAAACUCUCAUCAGAGUCGAGUUCCUCGGAUGAGACGUCAGGCCACGUCUCUGGUGAGUGGAAGUGAGGCAUUCCAUCGCGCCAGAUGAGGGGUAGACGAUCCUCGACUUCGUUCCUUAAGAGCCGGAUGAACCGGAUGGACGUGCUCUGAAUUUCCGGGGCGGCGAACCAGCACAGGACUUUCCCGAGUUCUACCCAGCCCUGUGGUUCCUCGUCGUACCGCAGGGCAAGAUGCUUGACGGUAAUCGGAAGAUGGCGAAUGAUACAGAGCCGAUGGUCAUUCAAGGCGUCGGGGUCGUAGACUAAGGCAAACAUGUCUCCAGUGGUUAUAAUGAGGCGUGAAAGGAGCGGACAGUGCUGACCGAGCACCUGGAGGGAUGAGGAGGGAGGGUCCUGGGUAUACAGGACAAUGCUACCGGUGAGAUAGAUGGUCGUGAUUAGCGGGCCCUGCAGUUCAAGAAAGCGUCUGGUCUUCGGCUCGGCUAGUAAGAUGUCACCGCAUGCUAUGAAAGCGGUCGUCAGGGAUGGACAAGGCGGCCGUGACGGAGCGCGCAAGGAGAGGUUUGAAGCGCAUUGGCAGGGCUCUUCACUGCGUGCCGGAGUAAGUAAUGGGCAUGAUUGUAAAGAGAGCGCCAAUGAACUGGACCUCGCGUCGCAGAGCCAACACGACCCUGUCCGCCAAAUGUCCAUACCAGGACUGAUCGUCCGUAUGUGCGGAAAGAUUCGAAAGAAAUCACGGGCGUCGACAUUGUCCAGUCGUAAAAUGUUGGAUCUUCCGGGAACACAUUCGAAUCGACGCAAUGAGUGUCCGCAGGUAAAACCGAUUCUUUCCCAGAAUUCGAGCGGACGACGCAUCCACUCUGGUGGAUGAUCGUCAUUGAACGGGUCCGGCGUGAUUUUCCAAAGCAAGGCAAUCUCGAGGAUUUGGAGAUUUGGGAGGUGCUCGAAUAGUUUCUCUAUGCUGGAAAGCACAUCUUCCCACCCUUCUCCAGGCCAUGGCAGGUCUUUCAUGGCGAGGUCCAGACGUAAGACGGACGAUCCCAGGGAUCGCGGCGUUGACCCCGGGACCGGACCAUCAGGUGAAAGUGCUAGCUUGUGAGCGAGAUCCUCCAAGUGGCGACACUUCUGGAUAUGUAGGUGCUGGUAUGAUCGUGUUCCGAAGAGCUGGUGCCAACGCUUGCAGACGAGCUUGAUAUGCAAGCCAACUACAUUGGCCGUCCUCACGGCGGGAUUCUGAGUCGUGCUGGUGUUCCAAGGUACAUUUUCAUGAGCGGAAGAUAUUGACCUUCUGGCUGGUCUCCGAGUCGGGCCGAAGCUCAAAGGAGUGUUUCCGUAGGCGGUAGAUGGUUGGAAUGGAUCAUCGUACUCGAAGUCCAGAGCUCCCGGGACAAGGGUGGCGAAAUCGAAGACGCGCAACCAUAGCUCAUUUGGAAGGUCAGUGAACACGGUCGUUCUCGGGGAAGGAUCACUGUCUUGCAUAUCUUGCUGCCUUCGUUCAGGCACUAGUACUCAGACUGAUUGUUCGAUGUUGUCUUGAUUUGUUGUUCCCUACUAGUAUCUUCUGCACCGUACGAAUGAGACGUGCUCGAGACCAAACUUGCAGUAUUGAAUUUCCGAUGUGACUGGUGCAGUCAAGGAGCAGUGGUAACAAAGACUAGUCAAAAGGUAGAUCCGUAGGACGAAAAAGAUGAUCGCCUUUCUCAGAGAUAGGAUAGCAAAGGAAGUCGCAGUGGGUCGACGUAG